AGUCAGUCCUAUAGUUCUCUUCAAUCAUCUCGCUUGUUCGUGCAGUCUGACUUGUUCCAAAAAAUAAUAUAAGCCCGUGGAAAAAUAUUACGAUAUUUUGCUAGCAAACAUGUUUCGCUCGCGUGUGAGCAAGGCGGUCCUGUCCAGUCGCUGUUUUACCCGGAUGUACUCCAAGGACGUGCGCUUUGGCCCCGAGGUCCGGGCCCUUAUGAUCCGAGGCGUAGAUGUGUUGGCGGAUGCCGUGGCCGUCACCAUGGGUCCGAAGGGCCGCAGUGUGAUCGUCGAGCGGCCGUGGUCCUCGCCGAAGAUCACCAAGGACGGCUUCACCGUGGCCCGUUCGAUUGCUUUGAAGGACCAGCACAUGAACCUGGGCGCCAAGUUGGUUCAGGAUGUGGCGAGUAAGACGAACGAGACUGCCGGAGAUGGCACCACCACGGCCACAGUGCUGGCUCGAGCCAUCACCAAGGAGGGCUUUGGCCAAAUCACUAUGGGUGCCAAUCCGGUAGAGAUUCGUCGCGGCGCCAUGCUGGCCGUGGAGGUCGUGAAGCAGAAGCUUAAGGAGAUGUCCAAGACGGUGGAGACCCGCGAGGAGAUCCAGCAGGUGGCCACCAUAUCGGCCAAUGGCGACACAGAGAUAGGCCGUCUCAUUGGCGAGGCCACCGACAAGGUGGGUCCUAAGGGAACCAUCACAGUGAAGGACGGCAAGCGCCUAAAGGACGAACUGUCCAUCAUCCAGGGCCUGCGAUUCGAUACUGGCUAUGUCUCGCCCUUCUUCGUGAACAGCGGCAAGGGCUCCAAGGUGGAGUUCUCCAAUGCUUUUGUGCUGAUCUCCCUGAAGAAGAUCACAUCGCUGUCGCAGAUCGUCAAAAGUCUGGAGCAGUCCGUCGGGCAGCGUCGGCCACUGGUCAUUAUAGCCGAGGACAUCAGCGGGGAGGCCCUCAAUGCCUUGGUGCUGAACAAGCUCCGGAUAGGCCUCCAGGUGUGUGCGAUCAAGUCGCCCAGCUAUGGGCAACAGCGCAAGGAUCUGAUUGGGGAUAUAUCGGCUGCCACCGGAGCUACGAUUUUCGGCGAUGACAUCAACUACUCGAAGAUAGAGGACGCCAAGCUAACCGACCUGGGCCAGGUGGGCGAGGCGGUGAUUACCAAAGACAGCACCAUGCUUCUUCAGGGCACGCCCAAGCCAGGCCUGCUGGAAAUGCGCAUUCAGCAGAUCAAGGACGAGCUGGCGGACAAGCAAACAAAGCCCGAGCAGCAGGACCGUCUGCGCCAGCGCCUCUCCGCCCUAACCAAGGGUGUGGCCGUGCUCCACAUCGGCGGGGCCAGCGAAGUGGAAGUUAGCGAAAAGAAAGACCGGGUGGUGGACGCUCUGAAUGCCACCCGAGCGGCCAUUGAGGAGGGCAUCGUGCCCGGUGGCGGCACCGCCUUUCUGCGCUGCAUCCCGCAUCUCCUGAAGCUCAAGCUGGGGAGCUCGGAUCUCCAGAAGGGCGUUGAGAUAAUCUGCAACGCCCUGCGUAUGCCCUGCCUGACGAUUGCCCAGAACGCCGGAGUGGACGGCGCCACGGUGGUAGCCAAUGUGCUGAAUGGUUCCGGAGACUUUGGCUACGACGCCAUGGGAGAUGAGUACGGCGCUCUGGUCGACAAGGGCAUCAUCGAUCCCACCAAGGUGGUGCGAACUGCCAUCUCCGAUGCCGCCGGUGUGGCCUCGCUCCUCAGCACCACCGAGGUGGUCAUCACGGACUCGCGCGACAACGAUCUUCUGGCGAAACUGGCGGGAGGUGGCGCUGCCAUGGAUGGUCUGGACAUGAACAUGGGGGGCUUGGAAGAGCUGGCUGCUCUGAGUGGACUGGGUGGAAUGGGUGGCAUGGGUGGCAUGGGAGGAAUGGGUGGAAUGGGUGGUAUGGGUGGUAUGGGCGGCAUGUCUGCAAUGGGUGGCGGUGGAGACGCCUCUGACAGUGAGUGUCCCUCUAACGAAGAGAUGAACCAAAUGGUCAAGGCAAUUCCCGGAAUGGAGAAUGUAGAGGUGCGUGAUAUAGACGGUAGUAUGAUGUAGAGUAUCUUUUUUUUCUUUUGUAUUCUGCAUCACUUAUCCCUUUUGAUCGAGUGAGCCUAAAUUUCCUUUGUUUCCAAUAAAAAUUCUUCAGUGUUGUAUUCGAAUCGUAA